CCCCCAAACGGCUACACACACACAAACACCAAGAACACACAGUAACAGAAAACACGCACAAACACACAGUGGCUCAGUUAAGUACACCAAAGAGAAGCAUAGGUGGUUCACCUUGUGUUGUUCAGCGUUUAACAAAAAUGUCUAAUAAGGAAAAAGGUGUCAAUGUUCAGGUUCUGCUUCGUUGCAGGCCGUUUAGUAACGAUGAGUUGCGGAGUAAUGCUCCACAGGUGGUGACUUGUAAUGAGUAUCAGAGAGAGGUUGCUGUUUCCCAAAAUAUUGCUGGAAAACACAUUGAUAGGAUUUUCACUUUUGAUAAGGUUUUUGGCCCCUCAGCACAGCAAAGGGACCUUUAUGAUCAAGCAAUUAUCCCCAUUGUUAAUGAAGUUUUAGAGGGAUUCAACUGUACAAUUUUUGCUUAUGGGCAAACUGGUACUGGGAAGACUUACACUAUGGAGGGUGAAUGCAAGAGGGCCAAGAGUGGGCCCAACGGAGAGCUUCCACAAGAAGCAGGUGUCAUACCUAGAGCAGUCAAGCAAAUUUUUGAUACAUUGGAGAGUCAAAAUGCAGAAUACAGUGUGAAAGUUACAUUCUUAGAGUUGUAUAAUGAAGAAAUCACUGAUUUGUUAGCCCCUGAGGAUUUGUCUAAAGUCGCUUUAGAAGACAGACAAAAGAAACAAUUGCCACUCAUGGAAGAUGGGAAAGGCGGAGUUCUGGUUAGAGGGCUUGAAGAGGAAAUUGUGACAAGUGCCAGUGAGAUAUUCACCUUACUUGAAAGGGGAUCGGCAAAACGUCGAACUGCAGAAACCUUGCUCAAUAAGCAAUCAAGUCGAUCACAUUCUCUUUUCUCCAUAACAAUACACAUCAAGGAAACAACCCAUGAAGGCGAAGAACUUAUAAAAUGUGGCAAGUUAAAUUUAGUUGAUUUGGCUGGUUCAGAGAACAUUUCUCGCUCUGGGGCUAGGGAGGGUCGUGCAAGGGAAGCUGGAGAAAUAAACAAAAGUUUACUCACACUUGGACGAGUGAUUACUGCCCUUGUUGAGCAUCUUGGGCAUAUUCCUUACAGGGAUAGCAAACUUACACGUUUGCUGCGUGAUUCGUUGGGAGGAAGAACAAAAACCUGUAUCAUUGCCACAGUGUCACCUGCUGUGCACUGUCUUGAGGAGACUCUGAGCACACUAGACUACGCCCACAGAGCAAAAAACAUAAGGAAUAAGCCUGAGGUGAAUCAAAAAAUGAUGAAAUCAACCCUCAUCAAGGAUUUGUAUGGCGAAAUUGAGCGGCUUAAAGGAGAGGUGUACGCUGCUCGUGAGAAGAAUGGUGUUUAUAUACCAAAAGAGCGAUAUUAUCAGGAGGAGAGUGAGAGAAAGGCAAUGGCAGAUCAAAUUGAACAAAUGGGAGUUAGCAUGGAAAACCAGCAGAAGCAACUUGAGGAGUUACAAAGUAGACAUGACAGUCAGGUUCAGCAGUGUUCAGAUUUGACUUGUAAACUUGAUGCAACACAGAAACAAUUGAACCAAACAAGCAAAUUGCUAGCCUACUCUGAAGAACAGUUAAGACAAUACCAAUACACUCUCAAGGAGCGGGAUUUUAUCAUCUCUGAACAAAAAAAAGCUGAAAAUGCCCUGGCCCACCAAGCAUGCGUUUUACGGGCUGACUUGGAGAAAUCAAUUCAAGAGAAUGCUUCCUUAUUCCAAAAAAUUGCUAGAGAGGAUAAACUGAAUACUGAUAAUAGGUCAGUGGUAAACAACUUUCAAACUGAGCUUGCAAAGAAACUUGGUUCUCUUUCCCGCACAGUGGCAACAUCAGUGUCUCGACAAAAUGAACACCUCCAAUGUGUCGAGAAAUUCUGUAAUAAUUUUCUCGAAUCACAUGAUAAGGCUGUCUUAGACUUGACGAGGAAAAUUAAUUCUUCAAAGGCCUUGUACAUAGCUCACUUUGAGGCUAUGCAGAAUGUAGUGAGGCUGCAUAAAGCUGCUUCUAAUGCUGCUCUGGCGGAAAUUUCAACUUUGACUUCUUCUAAUUCAAUUUCCGCUAAAGAAUUUCUAGAUGCGGAGUCUGUUAAAGCAAAUGUCAUUUUCGAGGAACUUCAGAGCACUUUGUCAACCCACCAAGUAGAAAUGGCACAUUUUGCUAGAGAGCUUCGUCAGAGAUUUAAUGACAGUACAGAGCAUUUGACAAGUAUCUCAGAGAUCAUUCAAGGAUUUUUUGACAAGCUUUUCGACGAAUCAAAAAGACUUGAAAGGCAUGCAACAACAGUUGAUGAGAUUCAAACGAAAUCUAUUGCUGAAUUUGAAAAGGCAUAUGAGGAGCAAUCAAGAUUAGAUACAGAGAAGCUUAUUGCUAAUGUAACUUCCUUGGUGUCCAAUCACAUGCUCCGUCAAAAAGAACUGGUUGGUGCAAAGCUUGUUGAUCUUAGAGAAACUGUUUCUGGAAAUAAGACAUUCUUGGAUGGGCAUGUAUCCUCUAUGGAAGGUAUUACGACAGAUGCAAAAAGAAAAUGGCAGGACUUCUAUAUGCAAGCAGAAGGUGAGACCAAAGAAAAUGCUGAUUUCUCAGCUGCCAAACAUUGCCGAAUGGAAUUACUCAUGCAGAAGUGUGUAAACACAACUGAAACAGCUCUGAAGCGGUGGCAAAGUACACAUGAAUCAGUUAACGACAUGGGCAAUCAACAUGUUUCAACAAUGAAUUCAGUUGUCAGGAACAUAUGCGAUUGCAAUGAGCAACAUGUAACUGAAUUUGAAUCCACAAGGGAAGCUGCUGAAGAAGAUGUGAAAAGGAAUAGUGAAGAUAUUAUUAAAUCUAUUGACGGCUUAUCAGGCGAAGAGAGAGGAUCUAUAUCUGGCAUUUUGGAUACCACUAGUGCACACUCGGAGACCCUUAAUGUACUUGAGAAAGAUCACUGCACACAGUCUACCUCCAUUGAACAUCAGACACUUGAAACAUUUCAGCAGAAGUUUAUGGAUUAUGAGCCAACUGGAACAACACCUAUUAGGUCUGAGCCAGAUGUACCAAGCAAGGGAACAAUUGAGUCGUUGCGCACCAUGCCAAUGGAAACUCUACUCGAGGAAUUUCGAGAGAACAAUUCAUUUGAGUCAUUCCAAGUAAAGGAACUUAAGCCUUCACUUAUACCACGAUCGCCUCUCUCACUGAUAAACAAUUAGCAGACUGGUCUCUUUGUUGUUCCAUCGUGCAUAUGAUCAUUUAAGCUGUAUCGGUAUUUUCUUUUGUAUACUGAGUGAAUACUGCAAACUGCAGUAUAUAUUGUAGGUUGAUUCAGUCUUGAAAAAUAAAUCCCACCUUGGGAUUUAGAAAAAUGGCUGUAAAUGAGGAACUCUUGGUGCUCUAUGUAUUGUAAAAGUGCUAUUACUUGAA